UCGAUAUCCACAACUGUGCUCGAUGUAGAGAGGUCGACAAUCAUCUUGCAUCCGCCUCUUUCAAGACACUGAGCAACGUCGAAUUUGCCCAUGCUUUCAACGUUGAGAUGGUCACCGAGGAGCAGUGGAAGCAGAAAGUUGAACCUUUAUUCCCGCGACUAAUGAAGCGAGGUAUCUUCUGUGCCACAGUGAGAGAAGUCUACUAGAAGAACAAUAUUGAUCAUUGCAAUCGCGCGGUAGAUGCUUCUCGAAUUCGUGGUAUCGUCUCCGCUCUGGCAACCAUGUAAGGGCAUGCUCAAGUGGACCACGAAGAUCCUACCCUCGUCUCUCCCCCUCUUCCACGUGCCCAAGGUCCUGCACGAAGUUCUUGGCUAUGCAUCAUCGUCUCUUGCACAAUCCCCUACUUCAUAUACAUUCCGCGCGACUAAACAACAAUUUCAAUUUCCGCAUACUACCAUCGCCAUCGUGAAACUCAGACAUCCCUCUUCUCCAUCUCGUCUCCACCUCUUCCAAACCGCUAUCCGCCGCAAUCUGCCCACAAGGUCUCAGCAUCGGGCAGGCGAUCUUGGCCGGAAUUCCGCAACAGACACCUAUCCAGCCAUCUCGUCGUCUUCACGGUAACUGUGGUGACACUCAAUUCGAUGGGGCUAAUUGCAACGCUGCACAAGGAUUAAUUGGGAGUGAGGGGAGGGAAUAGU